GUGCUCGGGUGCUGCUUGGGUGUAUUCAUACUUAUCUUGCCCCGUCUCCAAUAAAAUGGCACACAUUCACAUAAAUGAUCCAUUCGCAAAUACGAAGCUGCCGCGAGAAGCCACGCGCGCUACAGACAACCAAUUUUUUAUAUUUUUUUUCUUUCUUCGACCUUGCCAAGCAGCGUUCACUGUUGGGAAAACUUUACUGAGAUAAUCAAUCGCAUCUAAAUUUCAAUUGAAUUUGCUGUGAAAACGUUUUAUCUACCGAAGGGGCUCCAAAAUUAGGCAUCAUCUAAAAGGAAAAAAAAUAAUUACUUACAUGUAAAAUAAAUCAAUGCAAUGCAGUUCUAAAGUUUAAAAAAAGCACAUCUUCCUCAGAUAAAGGGGAGACAAAAUCGCAGAAUAAAAUUUUUUAGCAGCCGGUGCCCAAAUUCUGAAAUGAUCUUCAUGGAUAUCCUGCUGUUCCUAAAGGACUUCUUGCUUGGCGGGGUGGCCGGCGGUGUGGCCAAGACGGUCACUGCACCCAUCGAAAGGGUGAAACUGCUACUGCAGUUGCAGGAUGGCUCUGUGCAGAUGAAGCAUCCCGACUUUAGGCGCUACGAUGGAAUUGUCGAUUGCACUCGCAGAGUUUACAAAGAGCAAGGAUUGUGGAGCUUCUGGAGGGGCAACUUAACCAAUGUGAUCAGAUAUUUCCCAACUCAGGCCAUCAAUCUCGCUAUCAAGGACCGAUACAAGCAAUUUUUCUUGGAAGGGUUAGACAAGAAAACAAACUUUUGGGGCUACUUUGCGGGCAGCGUGGUUGCCGGUAGUGCCGCAGGGGCAACGUCCCUCUCCAUAGUGUAUCCCUUGGACUUUGUGCGGACGCGUUUAGGCGCGGACGUCGGCAAGACGAAGGAGGAGCGCGAGUUUACCGGAUUGAUAGAUUGCAUCAAGAAGAUUUUCAAAUCGGACGGCAUUGCUGGCCUCUACCGUGGCUUCACCAUGUCCCUGAUUAGCAUUGUUCUAUACAGGGGUGCUUACUUUGGACUUUGGGACGCGUCUAAGGAGUUCGUCGGCGAAGAGAAUUUGAACGUAUUUACAAAAUUGUUACUUGCACAGGUGACAACAACUUUGGCUGGUUUGUUUGCAUACCCAACCGACACCAUCCGCCGGCGUAUGAUGAUGCAGUCCGGUUGCAAUAGGAACGAAGUGUUGUACUCAAACAGUUUGCAUUGCAUCACCUACAUUAUGCGAAACGAGGGUUUCGGCGCAUUCUAUUAUGGUGCUUUUACAAAUAUCCUCAGAGGAAUGAGCGGUGCAUUGGUCUUAGUACUCUAUGACGAAUUACAAACGCUUUUUAAUUACUUGGUGCCAACACCACAGUGAGACUUUAUAACCUAUUAAUUUUAUAAUAAUUAAUCAAUUCAUUUAUCAUAAUAACAUUAAAUUUUAAUAAGAGAAUCACAUUUAUAAGAAGCAGCAGAGAUUUCACAAUUAACUCACAACACAGAUAUAAUAAUAAAUGAUUAAAUGAAGUGAAACUGCAACUUAGCUAUUUUUAUUUUUUUAGCUUGAUGAAUACAUUCAA